CCCGGACUGGGACUGGGCUUCCCGUGUGCGCCGUGCAUGACUUAGAAAGAAGGACAAAGCUUCGAGUCUCCCCAUCAGAUGUGCCCCAGCAGCCCAAAGCUGCGUUAGGGAAAGAAGCGAAGACUGCUCCGGGAAUUCCGCUGGGACUUGCUUUGACUGACAACGGCACGUUAGGAUCAGGAAAGAAACGUACAUUAAUGCAGCGGGGCUUUGGGUAGGUCUCAUGUUAGCAGCCAGUGAGCCAGCGCGGUGCGUGUGCGGAAUACGGCAGAAACACCCGUUCAGCCGCUGCCAAGACUUGUUGAGGGCUUAAAAAGCCCCUCCGCGCCCUCUCUCUCCCCCACUCUCCCCUCAGCACACAUCCAUUCACUAGGAUGCUCGCCGUGUAGCAGGGAGCUUCUCCGCACCCCGUCCGCCGUGAGGGCAAAAACGCAUGAAUGCAAAGAGCAUUUCUUCACCAAACCACCGUUCGCCAUAGCGCCGUUAUUUUUAACUUAAAGUUAACAGAUCAGUUUACUGCGUGCAAGAGCUACUUUUGGGUAUAGUAAUAGUAAUAAUAUUAACUUUUUAAAAAUCCAACUUUUUUAAUCCAAGAAGAUUAGUUUGUAAUACCCCAUCUUUUCUCUGUUUCUUUUCCGCUGUAAAAGUUUUUUUGCCUUUUUUUUUUUUUUUUGGAUUACCCCAAACUUUCAUUUUGCUGGACUUCGACCUCGCUUGAAGUGGUUUUGGCCAGUCGUACAUGUGAGUGGUUUAACAAGUACUUUUAUUCUUCAGCGAGGAAUAAUGGAACCCGAACCCAGCGCGGGCGGGGACGAAGACCUACAGACCUCCGCACCAAAAGCGCGUGCUGGUUCCCUGCACAAGCACAGCCACGAGCUAGCAGAAGCUCUGGAGGUGGAGCAGGAGGGUCUGGUGGAGCACCAGCCGCUGGAGCAAGACGAUCUCAACUUUGAGAGAUGGAAACCAAAGCCCAAGCCCAAGAGGACGCUGCACGAGAAGAUCGGCGACCUGAAAACAUACCUGUGGAACCCAGAGACCAAGGAGUUCAUGGGCCGCUCGGGGAAGAGCUGGAGCCUCAUUCUUCUCUUCUAUGCAGCACUCUACGUUUUCCUGGCAGCCAUGUUCGCCGGCUGCAUGUGCUGCCUGAUGUGGUCCAUCAGUCCCUACAGCCCGACCUACAACGACAGGGUCAUGCCUCCAGGUAUGACGAUGACACCACAUUUUCAUGAUGUUCAUGGGUUAGUAGUUCUCUUCAACGCCUCAGACCGCAGCUCAUGGAAGAAGUACGCCAGGGUGCUGGAAGCUCAGCUCAAACCCUACGACGAUGUGGUUCAAGAAAGGCGGAACAUGGCAUGCACGCAGGAUGGCUAUUUCAUGCAGGACGACCUGGAAGAGAGUGCUGAACGCAAAGCGUGCCAGUUCAAGAGGUCGUGGCUAGGGCCAUGCUCCGGCAGCCAGGAUAAGGACUUUGGCUACUCCAAGGGUAAACCUUGCAUCCUCCUCAGAAUGAACCGGAUUCUGGGCUACUUACCUGGUCAAGGCACUCCAGUAAACGUGGCAUGUGGUGUUAAAAAAGGGACAUCUGAGAGCCUUGGAGAAGUUGAUUUCUAUCCAAAAAAUAUUUUCAACCUGAUGUACUAUCCUUACUACGGGAAGCUCAGACACGUAAACUACAGCUCCCCGCUGGUUGCCGUUCACUUCUCUAGGGUCCAGUACGACACCUAUCUACAUGUGCAGUGUAAACUACACGGUAAAGGUAUCAUCAAUGAUUCUCCCACUGACCGCCACCUCGGUAGCGUGUCUUUCUCUCUAGAGGUCGGCGCAUAGAGCUGGAGAACGUCUACAAGGGAACUCUACUCAGUGUAAAUUACAGUUAAGUACUCCAGUAGGUUUCUUUACCCAUCUCUCCUGCCACUGGGCCUUCCUCUUGAAUUUAGUGCAGUGUUAUCACAGUGCAUGUUUGUCUACAAACAAAAUACCCCAGUAGUCUCGUAGACAUUAAUUUUAAAAGGUGCAGACAUUUCCAGAAUAUAACUAAAGAAGUAAGAUUGUGCUUCAUCAUCCAUUGAUAUUUGCUAGACUUUUAGACAAACUCAUUCAAACAUAGACAUACUGUAGACAGUAUACAGUAUGGAAGGUAAAAUGGUCUUGAGUUGCUUUACUGUAGGGGAUUAACUGUAAGGCCUCUACCUUAAGGCAGAAGAUAUGUGUAUGGGUAGUUGAAUGGUAUAGAAAUAUAAAUGACAAAAAAAAAAAUGUGGGUUUUGUGUCACAGUGAGACUUUGUUUCUUUUGUACAAAUCAAGAGUUUUGUCUGUUAGGCCAUAAAAGUGAUUAUUUAACAGAUUCACUGACUUUUUCUAAAUAAAACAAAGGAGAAAAAAACAUUACUUUUCAAAGAGAUUGAUGCAAAUAACUAAUAUUUCUAUAACAACUAGUUUAACUCCCCAGAAGGAAUAUUAUAACCUGCCAAAUAUACAUUGUGGUUUAAGGACAAGUAGAAGUAUUGGGCCUGUGCCAGUCCUUAGCGACCAAGUGGCAACUACUUCAACUUAGCAGGAUUUCUGCAAAAACUUCUAUCCUUAGUUAUAUGAAAGUACAAUCUGUUAAAUAAUCCUACAGAUUUGAAUGGCCUUAUUUUGCAAAAAAAAAAAAAACCUUUAAAAGCCAACCAUCAUGUUUAACACAAUCACUUUGCUUGUUCAUUUUAAAACAAUCAUUGUGCUUUAGAAUUAAUGAUGUCUAUACUAAAUCAAGAACUAAAUUGAUUUGUUUUAGUGCAACUAAAUUGUUUUUUUCCAAGACAAUUAUAUUUUACUGAGUCAUGGAACUGAUGUUUCAUUAUCUUAUCAGAAAUAUAAAAUUAUUUUCUUGGUUCACAAUUAUCCAUAAUCUGACCUCUCAGCCCACAGUCAACAUUCACCCAUGAUCCCACAUCCAGAUCUGUUUUCAUAUUCUUUAUAUGGUGGGGGAAGCAAACACGGUACCUGCUUGGUUCUCUGAAGGAUUUCAACAGUUAUUUAUUAAUUGUAUUUGCCUGAUGUGGUACAAUCAGUUAUCAACCAUGACAGCUAUAUGGACAUUGGAAACUGCAGGUUGGCAAUUCAGUUGUAUGCAGUCAGAGCUUAAAUAGAUAUGUACCAGCUCCUGUUUUAAACACACUCCUAAUGGUCUAGUCAAAACAAUAAAAAAGGUGGAAUGAAUUAACUUCA